GGCUGCGUGGUACGUUCAGUCCAGCGACAGCGAUGCGUGCGCUCGCCGCGAUCGUCGCGUUUAUGGUGUGCUCGUGCUGCCUGCACGCGUUCGCCGCCUCAUCACAUCUAGACCUUCCUCGCGCGCUCCUCUCGACCCUCGGCAUCAAAGAACAAGGUCCAGCGCAUCGACUCCUUUCCUGUGGACAAACCCUCGGCAUAACAAAAUGUUUUAACGCUCUAAGUGUUUGGCGGGCCGAACAUGCUAUAGAAGCUUUAAAAACAGGACGAGCAGUGCAAUUUGACGCGACUGAAGAUGUGAGACGAUUCCCCUGGGAACAGUACAGCAACAGUUCUGAUGAACAGCUUUACUCCCAGUUAUGUGAUGGCGCCGAGAAGCUCCUUCAAUAUCGUUCGUUAUUGCUCUCAUUACCUGGUUAUUCUUUAGAAUUAGAAUCAAAAGGGAAUGGCACUCUGAAUGUCGAUAUUUUGAAAAAUGAUGACAUCGGCAGCGGCAGAGAUUCGAUGAAAAAAUUACAAAAGCAGUUCUAUAAUGUUUUACCACUGUUAUUGCUUCCUGGCCUUAUAAUGUCGGCUAUAUUACCUUUUGUUUUACCAGCGCUCAAACUAAUGACUGUCGGCGUGGGAAUGAUUAAUAAUAUGGCCCUCUCGGGAGCAGUUUUCACGCUCUUAAGAAACAACGCUUUUAGCGAUAAAUAUGAACACAAGAUUAUUUACGUAAACGAAGGCUAUAAGAACGAAAAAAUAUCGCCUAUUCACCUGCACGACGACAGUCAAUUUGAAGAAAUUGAAAUGCCUAUAGAGUUCAGCGGAAGUAAUGUGAAAGGCGUUUUGGCAACCACAGACGAUUUAGUGGAGAUACCUACAAACGCUGACUUUAUCAAUCAGUAUUAUGGAAAUGAGGGCAUGGAGUUAGUAAGACGCAGCCAAAUAACGCCUGAAAAAGUAAAGACACCUGGAAACAUGAGAGUACCUGAAAGAGUGAACCGAAGAAAGAGCAGAGUUUGAUUGCCAAAAUCCUUGCCUGAUUAAAUUUAAGUGUCGCUAGUCUAUUGUCUGUUAUUUAUUUGUAAAAAAGUUUGUCAAUUGUACCUUGAACCUAUUGCUGCCCGUCGAAUUAUCGAUUAUUAUUAUGUAAUGCGUAUUAUUUAAUUCGAAUAAUAAAGCAAAUUAAAUUGUAAAUAAAAGAUAUUAAGUUAUAACUUCCUUUGAUUUCAAA